GAAACCGUCUGCAUUGUUGAUGUGGAGCUGUGGCUAACCUAGGACUUAGUCACCGUCUGUAAGCUCGGGCAGCAUCUGUGAUGUGCAGCAUUGGAUUUUAAAAGGAUGCAACACUCCUUAGACAAAAUAUAGUUACGAUUUGUAUGCAUCGUCAGCCUGAACAACCAAAUGUUGAUCAAAGACGAACAAUCGAUCUGCGUGAGCCGAUACAGCCAGGUGUAGGGACGUUAGUGGGUGUGGUGUAAAUCUGAUGGACUGUAUAUAUAUAUAUGCUACACACCAACAGCUCUUCACCAGGAUGGACUUUAAGACCCUGAGGGAACUUGUGUUGUGGCUGUACUACCAGUACCUGCUGGUCACCGGCACCUACGUUCUGGAGCCCUGGGAGAAGUACCUGUUCAACUCCGUCCUCCUCUCCGCCGUAACCAUGGUGAUCUACACCUCCUACGUGUUUGUGCCCGUGCAUGUGCGGCUGGCGCUGGAGUUCCUCUCCGUCUGCGGGGGGCGGAGCCAGAGCACCAUCACACUCAUGACCUGA